AUGGACAGCCGUCAAGAUUGUACCGAAAGUGCCAGCUCGUGGCUACCGAACUUCCUUCGCAACUCGACAGAUUCGAAACAUCGAGAACCAGAUGAAAGAACUUCCCUGCUCCCAAAGCCUGACGAUGAGCCGACCAUAGGGUCGGUCGACGACUUCGAUGACGAAGGGAGAAGCAGUACUCAGCUCGUCAUCCACGAGUUCUGGGUACUCUUCAGUGGAUCGGUUCCAGUAUUCCUCGCCUAUAUGCUGCAAAAUUCCUUGCAGACCGUUUCAGUCCUCGUUGUUGGACGACUGAGUCCCGAAGCUCUGGCAGCUGCCGCUUUCUCGUACAUGUUUGCCAUGGCCUCCGGCUGGCUCAUUGCACUAGGAGGAACUACCGCCAUCGAUACACUUGCUUCUGCAAGCUUCACCGGGAGUAAGGACAAGCACGAUCUCGGCAUCAUCCUCCAGAGAGCUUUGUUCGUGCUCGGUCUGCUGUAUAUCCCAGUUGCCAUCCUUUGGCUAUGCUCGAAGCCAGUCUUCAUGGCCCUUGGUCAAGACGAACAACUGUCGCACGAUAGCAGCAAGUUUCUCAGUGUUCUUACACUAGGAGGACUCGGAUAUAUCUACUUUGAAUGUCUGAAGAAGUAUUUGCAAGCACAAGGUAUCAUGAGGCCAGGGACUUAUGUUCUUCUCAUCACCUCGCCCAUCAACGCAGGCCUGAAUUACCUCGCCGUCUACACCUUCAACAUGGGGCUGCUUGGUGCGCCUCUAGCUACGAGCAUAUCAUAUUGGCUGUCGUUCAUACUCCUUCUGGCCUAUGCUCGCUUCGUCUCUGGCUGGGACUGCUGGGGUGGAUGGUCAAAGAAAGCUUUCCAAAACAUUGGAACCUUCACAAGACUUGCGCUACUAGGAGUCGUUCACGUAGGCACCGAAUGGUGGGCCUUCGAGAUUGUGGCCCUCGCAGCAGGCAAACUCGGAACGAUUCCUCUAGCGGCACAGUCUGUCAUCAUGACCACAGAUCAGGUUCUCAACACCAUUCCAUUUGGUGUUGGCGUUGCUACAUCAGCACGAGUAGGCAACUUGCUAGGAGGCAGGAACGCAAAGGGUGCAGCACGCUCUGCUAACGUCGCUGCCUGGCUGAGCAUGAUUCUUGGAGCUCUCGUCCUUGCCCUUCUGAUGGGCGUCAAGAACUUUUAUGCCAAGAUAUUCAACAACGAUCAAGACGUUGUAGAUCUCACUGCAGAGGUCAUGCCUUGGGUUGCCUUAUUUCAGAUUGCUGACGGGCUUAAUGGCUCUUGCGGAGGCUCUUUGCGUGGUAUGGGACGCCAGCAUGUUGGUGCACUUGUCAACAUGAUCAGCUACUACUGCGGCGCCCUGCCCCUUGGAAUCUGGCUUGCGUUCCACGGCUGGGGUCUGGCAGGCUUAUGGGUAGGUCAAUGCAUCGCAUUGUAUUUGGUCGGUUUCGGCGAAUGGGCAAUCGUUGCAUGGAGUGAUUGGAAUCAUCAAGUCCGCAAAGCAUUCGAGAGAAUGGAGCACGAGGAACAGGUUGAAUCUGGUUUGGCGAGCAACGUCGAUGGCUACCAAGGAGAGGAGAGCAGAUAG